AACCAAUCAUUAAAAAAAAAUCCCAGAAAGGCAACGUGACAGUAACAGAUGCUCGUGCAGCCACACCCAGAGUCCCAUGGUCAGCGUUGGUUGCCUUUCCUGCCACCCUCCCCAACGCGACCGUGUCCAGCAACCCGCGAGCUCAUCGGCCGGGGCGAGCACGACCUCGUCCAGGAGGCGCCGGGCCCUGUUCUCCGUUAACAUCCCCACCCGCGCCCCGGUCCAGCCCCAACAACUCCUCACCACGACCGUCCGUGUCCGUCCGGGGUCGUUUCAACACCGGCGCCCCCGCGUCGUCAUCGUCUUCCCUCCUGGCUCCUUCCCAUCCCAUUCCUCUCUUUAUAAGAGGCGGACACCGUCACUCGGAUGCUCUACGCUACGACCCUCGGCUCACAGCUCCGCAUCCAUCGUUUUCAGUUUCAGCCGCCACCGCACCGCAGCGCCAUGGCUCCUCAAGCCGCAUUCCUCCUCGUGCUUCUUGCAGCUUCUUCGGCUGCCGGCUCCUCCUCGGCCACGGACGAGCCGGUCGCGUCGUGCUCCGGCGCGGGAAGCUUCGCCGCCGACGGCGCGUUCGCGGGGAACCUCCGCCGCCUCAUGUCCCUCCUCGAGACCAAGGCCCCCGCCUUCGGGUUCGACAUCGCCACGGCCGGCGACGGCGGCGAGCGCGUGCACGGCCUCGCGCUCUGCCGCGGCGACGUGGCGCGCGCGGCGUGCGCCGAGUGCGUCCGCGCCGCGGCGUCGCACGCGCGGCGCCUGUGCGCGUCCAAGACGGACGCCGUCGUGUGGCUCGACGCCUGCACGCUCCGCUACGCCGCGGGCCGCCCCUUCUUCGGCGAGGUCGACCGCGACCACCGCGCCUUCGCGCCCGCCGUCGUUCUCCGGACCACGCCGCCGUCGUCAGGGUCGGCCGAGCUCGACCGGGAGGUCGCCGGCAUGCUGCGGCGGCUGACCAGGACGGCGUACCUCUCCCCGCUGAUGUUCGCCGCCGGGGAGGCCCGGACGUCGGCGGCCGGCGCCGGCGGGCAGCAGAGGCUGCGCGCGAUGGCGCAGUGCACCAAGGACCUCUCCGGCGGGGACUGCAAGGCGUGCCUGGAGGCCGCCAUUGGGCAGCUGGUGGCGAGGGGGUGCGCGCCGGAGGGCGGCAGGGUGCUCGGCGGGAGCUGCAGCCUCAGAUACGAGCUGUCCCCGUUCUUCGAUUCCUAAGAUAGCUACUGCCACUAACCAACCUGCAUCGGUGGUUUGGUUGGCACUUGUAAAUUGUCAGAUUGUUGUGACGUCGUGCAUAGUCAAGAUUCCAAGGGAAUCAAAUACAAACAAAAGUGAUUAUUGUUCCUUUCUGGA